AUGACCAGGGGAGAACCGGCUUCAGGCUCGUCGCUCAGACGCCGCACCGCGGUGACGAGUCGCUACCCGUGGUCGACGCGGCAGUGCCUCGUGUGCGUGCUGGCCGUCGCCGCUCUCAACGUGCUCCUUUUCCACCUUCACGGAGACAGUAUCGAGCAAGCUUCUAGAGGGUUCCGUGCGCUUAUACUGGAGAGCAGUGGGCGAAGAGGGUCGACAGCAGGGGGGGACGAUGAUGCAGACUGGGAGGGGGAGGCAGCCUGGAGUGCAGCGGAGGGGGGAGGGGGGGUUGGAGAGGGGGGUGGAGAGGCAGAGCCGACAACAGACAUCAACAUGAAACGGGUUUACGAUGGGAUCAAGUUUGCCAAUGAGAAGGGGGGGAAGUGGACUCAGGGGUGGAAGCUGCAAUACAAGGGGGACGAGUGGGACGACGAGCCGCUGAGGGUGUUUGUGGUGCCACACUCCCACAACGACCCCGGCUGGCUGCUCACAGUCGAGCAAUACUAUGCGCGGAGCUCCCAGCACAUCCUGCACACCAUUCUGCACUCUCUUUCCGAGGCCACUCCCUUCUCAAAUAUCCCUGGUCAUUCGUCUCUACUCUCUCUCCCAGGUCUCUACUCUCUCUCCCAGGCCACUACUCGCUCGUCCAGGCCACUAAUGUCUAAUUCCUUCCUCGUGCUGGUAGCAGCGCAGCAUCGCACUCUCGCACUUCCACCACCCUCACUGGCUGCUCACAGUCGAGCAGUACCACGCCUGGAGUUUUUGAGAAUUCUCAAGAGUUACCCUCUGGCUCUCACGCUCAUACCUGCCUAUCAAACUCGCUCCUCACACGCCAGUUUAGCUCGUGAAAUCCUAAUAAGUUUGAUAGUUCUGGAUUGCAACCUCCAUGCCCCAUGCCCCACCGCCCCCCCCUUCCUCCAGUCCCCCUCUCGUCGUUUUAUCUGGGAGGAGAUGUCGUAUCUGAGCCGCUGGUGGGUGGACGCCACACAGGAGGAGAGGGAGGGGAUGAGGGCGCUGGUGCAGUCUGGGCAGCUGGAGAUAGUGGGGGGCGGGUGGGUCAUGAACGACGAGCUGGAGAUUGUGGUGGGCGUGUGGGUCAUGAACGAUGAGUCAGGGCAGCUGGACAUAGUGGGGGGAGGGUGGGUCAUGAACGACGAGGCCAAUUCUCACUACUACGCCAUUAUAGAACAGCUCACAGAGGGCAACACAUGGCUGUACGACACGCUCGGAGUGACUCCCACCAACAGCUGGGCCAUCGACCCCUUUGGCCACUCCGCCACCAUGCCGUACCUCUUGAAGAGAUCCGGGUUCGCCAACAUGCUCAUUCAGCGCACGCACUACGAGGUGAAAAAGGCCCUGGCGAGGCAGAAGCACCUCGAGUUCUUCUGGCGCCAGGCAUGGGACCAGACAGGGGGAACAAUGGGCCAGUCGGAGAGGACAGUGGGCCAGUCGGGGGAUACAUUCAACAGUACAAUGGGAGAUGAGCUGUUGCAAGGACAGGGGAGGUCAGAAGGGCAGCAGAGAGGAGGUGUGCAACGGCAGCCAGGGGCAGAAGCAGAGGCGGCAGCAGCGACAGCAGCAGCAGGGGGGGAGGAGGAGGGCAGCACGGAUAUUCUGUGCCACAUGAUGCCUUUUUUCUCGUAUGACAUACCGCACACCUGUGGGCCCAACCCGGGUGUGUGCUGCCAGGUGCGUUACACAUACAUAAGUGCUGCCAGGUGCGUUACACAUACAUAA